AUGGGCAGACGGUCGCAACGCACUCACUCCGCCCAACAACCCCCGCCAACAACCCACACCGACUCGACCACCACCGCCGCCUCAUCAUCCCACGCCCACGCCACCUCGUCGAAGCGCAAGAGCGUCUCGUUCGAUAACAACGCAGACGAAGCGAGUCAGUCACAGCCAGGAACGAGUAACACCCAGCCCGCGAGGAGAUCCCGCCGCACAUCCACCACCACCUCAACCGCCGGCGGCCCUUCCACCUCCUCCUCCAACAACAACACUAGCGACUCUCUCCCCAUCCCCUCGGCAAAAGCGCUCGGUAAACGCCGCGCAGUCUCUCCCCCUCCCGCUACCUCUCGCGCCGAAUCCUCCACCAAGCGCCGCAGGACUUCGACCUCCUCCGCGACAGACAUAACGCAAGGAGAGAAAGACUACAACCUCCGUGCCCGUCCCUCUCGCACCACCUCUUCCUCUUCUUCGGCUAAGAAACCCACGCCCUCGACGCGCAAGACCCGCUCUUCCACCGCCGCGACCAAGGGAAAGACUCCGAUGCCUCGAAAGGGAACGCGCGCGAGUAAGGCUUUGAAAGCGAAGCAGAGGGUUUUGGAGGAGGAGGAGGAGUUCGAGGGCGAGGAGGAGGGGUGGGAGGAGGAGGUUGGAGUUGGAGAGCGGGAGGAAGGGGAGGGGGAUGUGGAGAUGGAGGAUGUUGGAGUGGGGAAGAAGGGCAAGGGAGUGGAGGAGGUUGUGGAGAAGCAGGAGGGAGGAGCGAGCCCGACUAAGGACGCGUCGAGCGCUGCCAAGUCCUCCGACGUCGACGCGCUCGCUUCUUCCGACCGUGGCGACCACUCCUCGGACUCGCACUCCGACUCGGACUCGGACUCGAACUCGAACUCAGACGAUGAAGACGACUUCGACGACGACGACGACGAUGAAGAGAUCGAGGAAUACGAGACUUCGCUCGGUCUUCACGGGGAGGAACGUGACGGCUACGGGACGGAGGAAGACGAUCUUGCGCAUUCGGCGCCGAGGACGCGCUCGUUCGGCGCAGGCGAGGAGCAGGCACAAGAGCGCGAGGGGUUGAUGGAUGAUGAUGAGGGGGAGGACGACGCGGCGAUGGCUGAAGCGGAGGAUGCGUUGUUCGGUGCGCUUGCGGGUGCCGCGCGCGGGGGAGCCGAAGCCGAAGAAGGAGGAGGAGCGGGAGGGGGAGGCGCAUCGGCGUUGUCGGCCUUCCGCGCGCUGCAUGGGAUGAUGUCGGGCGUCGCGAGCCGCCUCAAGGGCCUCCUCGCAUCCCUCCGCGCAAAGGACGGCGACUCGACCGCCAAACUUCUCGCGCUGCAGGAACUCGCCGAGUUGCUGUCGAUCUCGACGGAGGAUACCCUCGCGGGGUACUUCCAGAUCGAGGCGUUUGCGAAGGAACUCGUUGCGAUCGUUCGUGGGGAUUCGAACGGGAUGGGCGGCGCAGCGGGAGGAGCAGGAGGGAUGACGAUGGAAGAGGCGUUGGCAUUCGGGCUCGACCCGGCCGAGGCAGGCGUCGGAGGCGAUAUCGAGGAGAACGACGUCCAGAUGAUGCUCCUCGCGUGCCGGUGCCUCGCGAACCUCAUGGAGGCCUUGCCCGGCUCGGCGCACUCGAUCGUCUACGCUGGCGCCGUACCCGUCUUGUGCGACAAGCUCAAGGAUAUCCAGUACAUCGACCUUGCCGAACAGACUCUCAGCACGCUCGAGAAGAUCUCGGAGGAAGUCCCGUCGUCCAUCGUGCGCGAAGGAGGCCUCUCCGCUCUCCUCACGUACAUCGACUUCUUCUCGUUCCACGUCCAGCGCACGGCAGUCACGGCCGCAGCCAACUGUUGCCGCAACUUGACGCUCGACUCGUUCGCUCGCGUCGUAGAGGUUAUGCCCAUCUUCAAGAACAUCCUCGGGUACCCGGACCAGCGCGUCGUCGAGCAGGGCAGUCUCGCCAUCGUUCGCAUCGUCGACUCGUACCGCCACUAUCCCGACAAGCUCGAGGAACUCCUCUCGAACGACCUCCUCGUCGCUGUCAAGGCACUUCUCAACCCGGACUCGACCACCGUCGGCGCAUCGACCUACGCGCAGAUGCUCAAGAUGCUCACGACGGCGACCAAAGCCAGUCCAGCCGUUGCGAUCAGUCUCGUCGAGCUCGAGAUCGCCAACACCCUCUACCACCUCUUGACGGGCGUCGCACCACCCGAGUGGAAGACCGACGAGGGCAAACAGGUGCUUGAUCGCGAGACGACGGCCGAGGACGACAUGCUUGUCAUGCAGAACCUCGUUCAGCGGCCGAAGGAACAGGUUGCCGAGGUGCUGAACCUCGUCACGGAGCUCUUGCCGAGUUUGCCCAAGGACGGGAUUUUCGACUCGCGCGCGUUCGUGCCGGGCAAGGAGCGCAAGUCUGCGGCGGCAAAGACGGUUGUCAAGCAGGAGGAGCUGUCGGCGACGGUCAAGCGCGAGGAGGAGACGCCCGACCUCAAUGUUGUGGCUGGAUCGUCGUCAACCUCAAAGGCCGCCGCCGCUUCGCCCGACCUUGCCGCCGAUGUCAAGAUGGAGGGAUCGGACGACACGCCCGCCUCUGCCCUCGCUGGCUCGUCGUCCGCCGCAGCGGGCUUGCUCUCGGCGCCUCGACUCGGCCGGACCAGCUCGUCCUCGACUACACGCUCAGGCCGAAAGUCGCGCGACCCGGCAAAGGAGGCACUCAAGGCCAAGCGGUUGGAGCUCGUGUCGCUUGACGCGCCGGCCUCGCGGAAGCUCGUCUUCAAGCGCUACGUCGCGCUCCUCCUCCCGACUCUCGUCGAUGUCUACGCCGCGACCGUCAGUCCGCAAGUCCGUACGCGCGCGGUCCUCGGCUUGCUCAAGAUGGUCAACUUCUGCGAGGAGGAUCACCUCGCCGACGUCCUCCGCAACGUCCCCUUCGCCGCGUUCAUCUCGGCCAUCCUCUCCUCGCGCGAGAACCCUGCCGCGCUCAUCACCAACGCGCUCCAGCUCGUCGAGCUCCUCCUCGUCAAGAUGCACGACGCGUACCAGUACACGUUCCGUCGCGAAGGCGUCAUGCACGAGAUCGCUCGACUCGCCGACCAGCCUCUCGUCAGCCAGAAGUCGAAGCGCUCGUCGCCGUCCCGCACGCCGCUCCCUGACGGGUCGACGUCUGGCGCAGCAGCUCCGUCAGGGCUUUCGCGCGCUCUGCAGGGCGCAGCAACCAAGACGGUGCUCAGCCCGUCAGACGCCCAGGCGCAAGACUCGAUGAUCCUCCGUGCCCGCCACCUUAGAGACACGUACGGCGCAGCCGACACCGAGCCUGCCGUGCGCGCACAAGGCGUCCUCGACCGCAUCAAGGCGCUCGUCGAGCACCUCAACGGUGUUGCGCAUGCCGAGGCGAGCGGUGCGAAGGCGGUUGCCAAGGUCGAGAAGGAAGCAAGGGAGGCGCUUGAUGAGAUCGCCGAGCUGUUUGCGGACGAGAAGAACCCGCUCAGCAGUUUCGAGAUGAUCGAGAGCGGGCUCGUUGAGGGCUUGCUCAAGUUUGCGACCGAGACGGGCGACGGUCCUCUCUUGCCCACGAAGCGCCAGGAGCUCAUCGCCAAGACGUUCAUGCCGCAGCUCGAGGGCCGACCGUCGACUCACGCCUUCGCGGUUCUCGUCAAGCGGCUGCAGGAGAGCUUGAGCAGGAUUGAGGAGUUCGAGGUGGUCGUCGCAGCGCAGAGCGGGUCAGACAACGACUCGCGCCGUGGCGGGACGACGAUGCUCAGCCGCCAGCUCCGUCUGCGCCUCGUUGCAGAGGACGGCUCCGACAUCCCUCGCUCUUGCACCAACCUCGUCGUCUCGAUCCACGCCAUCGCGACCUUCCAAGCCUUCAACGACUACCUCCGUCCGAAGAUCCUCGCCGCUCAAGUCGCUUCCGACCGGUUGUCGUCCGGUUCUGCCGGCGGUACGCUCUCGAGCUUGCUCGCAGCGUUUGCAGCUGCCGCGGGUGCAGCUGCUGACGAUGAUGCUGACGGAGCGAUCCUUUCUUCGUCUCCUCCCCCGCGACGAACAGAGCUAGGUGGGCCUGCCGACGCUGCUGCCGGAUCCUCGUCUGCCGCCGGCAAAACCGCCGAUGCAUCGCAAGCCAAGCCCAAGCGCGACGAACCGAAGCGACGGAGAAGCUCGCGUCUCAGCGGCAAGGGCAUCGACCCGACUCCUGAUGCAGCCGAAUCUUCGAGCGCGGCGGCUGCUCAGGCGGAAGCGAAAGCUGCCCUCGAGCGGGCGCAAGCCUUGGCCGACGAAGAGGACGAGGAGGCUUACCGCCAUGGCAACGGAGAUCUCUACGCCGGUCGUCUCGAGGGCGCGUCAGCUCCCAAGGAUGACAAGCCUGUCCACCUCGAAGUCAACGACGAGGGCGAGAACGGAGGCAAGCUAGUUGCCAAGACGCCUGACGGUACCCGCGUCGCGACUCCACAGCCUGCGACGAAGGGAAGCACUUCGACGGCAUCGCCCGGAUCUGCGCCGUCUUCGAAGCCUCGCGCCUCGUACGCCGCAGCACUCCAGGCCGAGCCUACCGACUUCCAUCUCGAGUUCACCAUGGGCGGUCGCGAUAUCGACCUCGACACGACCGUCUACGGCGCUGUUCACCGCUACGAGUCCGAGCGUCCUUCCGGACUCGGCGGCUCGAUGUGGUACAACGUCUACGAGGUCAAGUUCCGCAAGGUUGCUGGCGCCGCUCGACCCGACGAGGACGACGCCAACGCCCUCGGUGACCGUCGCCGCCGUGAGGGAUCCAUCUUCACGAGCAUGCCGUCGUCGAUCCCGAACGACUCUCAGCAGGCCAAAAUCCUGCAGCUCCUGCAUGUCCUGCGGAGCGUCAGCUCCGAGUACGGCGACCUCGAGUCGGACGGCCUCAUCAAGCAGACGGGUCUGUCGGACUCGGCCUUCGUCAACAGCAAGCUCACUGCCAAGCUGAACCGCCAGCUCGAGGAGCCGAUGAUUGUUGCGAGCGCCUGCCUCCCCGACUGGGCCGUCGACCUCGCUCAGUCGUUCCCCUUCCUCUUCCCCUUCGACACCCGGUACACCUUCCUCCAGUCCACUUCGUUCGGCUAUGCCCGCCUCAUGCAGAAGUGGGUCGGCCAGACGCGCACCGACUCGAACAGGCGCAACGACGACCUCGGCAUGCUCGGGCGCCUGCCCCGCCAGAAGGUCCGCAUCUCGCGCGACCGCAUCCUCGAGUCGGCGUACAAGGUGUUCGAGCUCUACGGCUCGUCGCGCGCCAGUCUCGAGGUCGAGUUCUUCAACGAGGUCGGCAGCGGUCUCGGACCGACACUUGAGUUCUACGCCCUCGUCUCGAAGGAGUUCGCUCGCAAGGCACUCGGCUUGUGGCGCGCUGGCGACCACUCGGACACGUCGGACUACGUCCACGCGAAGAUGGGUCUGUUCCCGGUUCCGCUUGCGGAUGUCUCGACCGACGCGGGCAAGAAGGCGCUCAAGAUCUUCCACGUUCUCGGACAGUUCGUUGCCAAGGCCUUGAUGGACUCGCGCAUCAUCGACGUCAACUUCAGCCGGGCCUUCAUGCGCCUCGUCCUCGAGCAUGACCUCCCGCUCAACCUUGCCAGCAUCAAAGCGAGUCUCAUCGCGGUCGACCCCGAUCUCGGCAAGUCGCUUGCUCACCUGCAGGAGUACGUUGCCGAGAAGGAGGCUGUCGAAGCGGAUGAGUCAAGGACGGAGGAGCAGCGCGUCGCAGACCUCGAGGCCAUCCAGGUUCGCGGCGCGACCGUCUCGGACUUAACUCUCGACUUCACCCUCCCCGGUUUCGACCUCGAGCUCAAGGAUGGCGGCAAGGAUAUUGCUGUCGACAUCCACAACGUCGAGGAGUACAUCGAGCUCGUGCUCGACUGGACGCUUCGGCGUGGCGUCCAGGCCCAGAUCAACGAGUUCAAGAAGGGCUUCUCGACCGUCUUCCCCGUUCGCGACUUGCAGACCUUCACGCCUGCCGAGCUUGUCAUGAUCACGGCCGCCGUCGACGAGGACUGGUCGCUCGAGACCCUGACGAACGCGACCAAGGCCGACCACGGCUUCACCAUGGACAGCCGCCCUGUCCGCGAGUUCCUCGCCCACAUGGCCGGCCUUACCGUCGAAGAGCGUCGCGAGUUCCUCUCCUUCAUGACUGGAUCCCCUCGUCUUCCGAUCGGCGGCUUCGCAGCGCUCGACCCGCCUCUCACCAUCGUCAGGAAGGAUGGCGGCGACGCUGUUCUCCCCUCGGUCAUGUCCUGCGUCAACUACGUCAAGUUGCCGGACUACUCGUCGGGCGAGGUCCUCAAGGAACGCAUCCUGCUUGCCGUUCGCGAAGGCGCCGGCGGCUUCCACCUCAGCUGA